AUGCUGAUGGUCAUGAUGGUGCUGCGAAUGCUGAUGGUGGCGGUCGUGGUGGUUGUGAUAGUGCUGGCAGCGCUGAUGGUCGUGGUGUUGGUGGUGAAAUUGAUGAUUAUAGUGAUGAUGGUGGCGGUGGUGGUGCCGGCGCUGACGGUGCUAGUCCUAGUGAUGGCAUGUGCGCUUUGCUGGCGCGCCGCCGUCUUCGCCGAGCACGAGCUGUCCUUGCAGCACCUCGCGAUUCGGCAUCUAAAAGCCUACGCCGCCCAGGAGCUGGGAAGCUACGCGUUGAUGGGCGCUGGCCUCGGCGGAACCGGUUUCGAGAAGUUGGACUACCUCCAGUGCUGCAAGUUUGCUGAAGGCGACAGCCGGAUCCUCAUGCAGAAGCUGACUCGAGAUCGUCUCCAGGCCUUCGCUAAGUCGCCCUCCGGCAAGGGAAAGGAAGCAGAGGCUUGCAUGAAGCUUGGCAUGAGCCUGAAGAAAGGCGGCAAAGCCGCCUGGAACGAGAACUUCGAGCUGGCUGGGGGGAAGAAUGAGAUGGGCAAGGUGACCACCACGGGCCUGGUUAGGGCGGUCGAGUGCGACAAGAAGUUUCAGGCCAUACUUCUAGAGAAAUGGCGGAGGGAAACGGACCUGGAUACGAUCGCAGAACGAAUUCACCGCCGACAAGUUUGUCAGUUCUUCGACUUCUUAAAGAACAAGGAGGGCGACAUGAACACGGAGAGUGCGGCGGUCGCUUACAUUGAAGAGGGCUUCGCCGACCCUGAGUUCAUCGAGGCAGAGCUGUCUAAAGCAGCUCCCGACCUCAACGGCCCUGUUCCCCAGGCGAGCCAAGAGCUUCCCGCCGCCAAAAAGGCGGCGAUCCGACAGGUGCUGCUCCUCUAUGGCCAGAUCUCUCGGCCUUCAAGCCAAGGGGUGCAGGAGGUGCUCUACCGCUCCACCUGGUGCCGUUUUAUCUUAGACAGCAACCUGGUGGCUCUGGAGGCAGAAGACACUGAGCGACCUUCAUUUCACAAAUCUGUGAGACUUUUUGACAACAUCUCGAAGUAUGGCAAGGAAGGUGGACAGCGAUAUGCCAAUCUCGACCACUGUGUGACGCUGGUGGUGCAGCUAAUGAUGCAGAUCAACAUGCCGGCCUCCUUGGCGUGGGAGCUGUUCGAGGAAGGCUUGAUCAAGGCGGAGCGAACUGUCGAGGCUAUUUAUGGCGAAGUGCAACAUCAAGUCGACGAGUGUGUGCAGGUCCUCGCGAAGGAGAUCACGGAGGAGGCCAUUAUGGAGCGUCGGAUCGACAUGUUCGGCAAGCAUGGGUCGCCACCGCAGUCUUUCCAAGGGUCACUCCUGGCUUGGACAAGGGGCCUCCGCUUCUGGAUCAACGUCACCACCACCAGCUGCCUCCCCGAGAACACGGUGGAGCGCAUCGAGCAAAGCUUAGCCAACGAGCAGUUUGCCCGGGACGAGAUCACUGAGCCCGGCUGUCUCUACACCGUGGCCAAGUACGAGGGGCUCUUUGAAGAGCUUUUCUUAGCGUACUGCUAUGAGGAGAGGACUGCCGUCAAAGAGGAUGAGAACGGCAAGACCCGCAACGAAGACGUGAAGCACAUGUCCUUUGCGGCUUUCUUCCGAUUCUGUGCAGAUUUUCACGUUUUCCCUGGCCUCGUCUCUUUUGAAGAGGCCUGGGUCACAUACAAAAACGCCGACUGCAUCGUGAUCCUGGGGACCAAGGCGCAGCCAACCAAAGUCAAACAGUUCAAGAAGUCCGAGGUCUCUCCGAGUCGGGUCUCGGCGAUUCUGGGGCUUAGGACCUUGGUGAAUCGAGUCCGAAAGGGCAAAGAUGACCCGGACGAGGACAAAAAAACGGACACCAGCAACAGCGAAAAGGAGGAAGAAGAGCAGCCGAGCAGCUCUUCCAGCGAUGACGAGAGCUCGGAAGGACUGGAAGGAGUGGACAGCGGUCUCGGGGAGUCUCCGGUUGGCUUCCAUCGAGUCAGGGCAGGCACCGCCGGCGACGAGAUACGUUCGAGGGUGAGUUCGAACGCAUCAAAGUCGUCGAAAACGCACACCGUUGCGGCCUCGAUAGCCUCGGUUGGCACCGUGAACAGCUUGCAAAUUCCCGGGCAGCCCAAUCGAUCUCGCCGCGGUGUGAAUGACAGCGAGGUCAAAGCGGCCCUCGCAGUCCAUCGUCGCCAGUCGAUUGGGCCCGGGGACCAGGCUGUCAUCCCCAUUAUCCGCACUCUUUCGGAGAAAGGGGAACAGGUUCAGCCUGAAUCCGAGAGGUCGCCACUGAACGGCGAGGGCAACACUUCGGAAGCCGAAAAGAAGGAAGUGGUGGUGCCCCCCAGCCGCCAGGGAUCGAAAACCUCGGCCCGGGGCGGCUCAAAGGGAUCGGCCGCCGGCAGCCCUCCGCCGGAGCAGGAGGAGCCCGAAAAGCCGAUGAAAGGGAGCAAGUUCCUCCACAUGCUCGGGUCUCUCAGUGCGGACAAGGUCAAGGACAUCUUCGCUGGUAGCCCAGACGAGCCCAAGAAGAAAGAGGUGGUGCCGCCAAGGGUCAAGACGGCCACGGCGGACUUCCAAUGGUUGGCGAAGCCCUUCCGGGACAUGAAUGACAAGGAGCUGAAGUCCUACUCCUUGCUCAUUGCCCUGGACGAGUGCUGUCGGGAUCACUUCUUGAACCUUGUGGCCAUCAAGAGCGACCGUUUUCAUUAUGGUGGAGACCGAAACGUGACAUUGGAACAUCUUCAAGCCGAUCUCGUGCAAUCCCUGAAUCGCUAUGCUGAUAGAGGGAACGGGCUGGGAGCCACGCUGCACGUGGUGACCGGCAAGGGGGAUUGGAAAUCUAGGAAAAAGUGGCUCCAGCAGAGCCGUUACUACGGCAAAGACAAUUGGUUGGACAUCGAAGAAAAGUUCAACGAGCCACAGGAUAUCGCUGGUGCUCAGGAGACGGCAGUGGCGCCCAACAGACCCUUCCGAGAACUCAGUGGUUGGUCUUGCAACAUGGAAGUCCCUGAUAUGCUACACUGCGUAUAUCUGGGUACUGGCAGACACCUUGUUCCCUGA